CUGGUUUGGUUUUGUAGGGCUUGCACCAUUGCACCGCUCUCUCGCCGAGACAGUCCAAUUUAUGCAUUACGGCUAUGUAGGCACUUCACGAUACCAAAAGUACUCUGUGCCCCGGACCAUAAUAAUAACAGUUUUAAAUUACUUUGUAAAACAAUCGUAACAAUUGUAACGACAAGAUUAUCACCGCCAACAACAGCAACAAUAAUAAUUAUAAUCAAUAACAAUCAAUCAUUACAAUAAUAAUAAUAAUAACAAAUAUCAAUGGUAAUAAAGAUAAUAAUCAUCAGGAUAAUGAUAAUAACACAAUAAGUAUAAAUAUCGUUGCAAUAAUUUCACAUAACCAAGUGCCUACACUAAAUUUAACAAAAAAAAAAAAAUUAAAAAAUCAUUAAAUUAAUAAAUUCUAACAAAUAACCGUUGUGAAUGAAUCAAAUUUUUUUAUGUUUAACAUAUCUAUGUGCGACCAAGAAACAAUUAAAUUACCCCUGUAAAUCCAAACCUCUCGAAUCUAACCGUCGGGUCAAAUUCGACGGCGGUAUUAAUCAGCGCGUCAAGAAAAUUGAGAAUUAUAUUUGGCAUUCGCAUUAUUAUUAAUAUUAACAUAAUAACACAAACGUAUGAGAACCCAACGUAAAUUAUGAGCUGCUAUACGAGCUACAAUACCAGUUUUGAAAAAUUGUGAUAUAGUUCAUUGUGUUUCUGUAAUAUUAUUCACUUUGCAAAUUGUUUGUUAUCGAGAGUUUAUUUUUAUCAAAAGAGCUAUGGCAGAAGGAAAUGGGGAAAUAAAAAUGGAGGAAAAGCAAUCAAAGGAAGAGAUGGAGUAUGUUGAACGCACCGAAGACUAUGCCAAACUCGUACAAUAUGGACUCGACGAGAAAGUUGCAGGGAAAUUGGAUGAAAUUUACAAAACUGGAAAACUCGCUCAUGUUGAUCUUGACGAAAGAGCUUUGGACGCACUAAAAGAAUUCCCUGUGGAUGGCGCGUUGAAUGUGCUCACUCAGUUUCUUGAGUCUAAUUUAGAGCAUGUAUCUAACAAGUCUGCAUACCUCUGCGGCGUCAUGAAGACUUAUCGACAAAAGAGCCGUGCCGGACAAGGACCUGGAGCCAGCACAACCCCCAAGGCUCCAGACGAGGACAAAAUCAAGAUGAUAUUAGGAAGAACUGGAUAUUCCCUGGACGUGACGACAGGACAAAGAAAAUAUGGAGGCCCUCCUCCAGGUUGGGAGGGCCCUACACCGGGAAAUGGUUGUGAGGUUUUUUGUGGAAAAAUUCCAAAAGAUAUGUAUGAAGAUGAAUUGAUUCCAUUGUUUGAGAAGUGCGGAAUGAUUUGGGAUCUAAGGCUGAUGAUGGAUCCCAUGACCGGGUCCAACAGGGGAUAUGCAUUUAUUACAUUUACUAACAGGGAAGCUGCGCAACAGGCAGUGAGAGAGCUCGAUAAUCACGAAAUAAAACCCGGCAAGAGUCUGAAAGUAAACAUUAGUGUUCCUAAUCUACGACUUUUCGUGGGGAACAUACCAAAGUCAAAAGGCAAAGAGGAGAUCUUGGACGAAUUUGGUAAAUUAACAGCCGGCCUGACAGAGGUGAUUAUCUACAGCUCACCGGAUGACAAAAAAAAGAACAGGGGCUUCUGUUUUCUGGAGUAUGAGUCUCAUAAGUCAGCCUCCUUGGCUAAGAGAAGGCUAGGCACUGGACGCAUCAAGGUAUGGGGCUGUGACAUCAUAGUAGAUUGGGCCGAUCCACAGGAAGAACCAGAUGAGCAAACUAUGUCUAAAGUUCGCGUGCUAUAUGUAAGAAAUUUAACACAAGACUGCUCGGAAGAAAAGCUGAAAGAAUCUUUUGAAGAGUUUGGGAAAAUAGAAAGGGUGAAGAAAAUUAAGGAUUACGCUUUUAUACACUUUGAAGAUAGGGAUAAUGCUGUUAAGGCAAUGCGCGAGUUGAAUGGUAAAGAAAUGGGCGGGUCCCAUAUAGAAGUCUCACUAGCAAAACCGCCAUCCGACAAAAAGAAGAAAGAAGAAAUCCUCAGAGCUAGGGAGCGUAGAAUGAUGCAGAUGAUGCAAGUCCGUGGCGGAGGGUCUCCAUCUCAUCCAAGCAUGAUGGGUGGCCCGAUGCCGGUUCGUGGUCCUGGUGGACAAGGACCUCGGGGAGCUGGUGCUGGUAUGCGUGGAGCAAUGGGCCGUGGUGAUUAUGCUAUCAAGGAAAUAGAUUAUGAUUACGACUAUUACGGUUAUGGGGAUUAUCGAGGUGGCUACAGUGAUCCAUAUUAUGAUGACUAUUAUCGAUACGAAGAUUACUAUUUCGAUUAUGCGCCGCCUCCACCACCUGCCAGAGGGAGAGGCAGGCAGCCUCAACCGGCUGGUCGUGGGCGUGGAGUAGUGGCUCGUGGCCGGGUCGGUGGCUCCCAGGCCCGUGGGCCAGUCAGGGGGGGACGCAACCCCGCAACCUCAGGGGUCCGUGGGGCCCAGCGGCCAGCCGCUCGUGGGGGGGUCCGCGCCAAGGGAAGUUUACCAGGUGAGGAUGCAGGUAAACGAAAGUUUGACGGGGGUCACCAGAACCAGGGGGAAUCUAAACGUCGCUUCCAGAGCAGCUGGGGAAACCAGCCUCUCGCCCAACAACCAUUGGGGAAUUCGUACGGAUUGGCGAGUGUGAAUGGUGGUGGUGGCAGUGGUGCUGGGUUUGGUGACCGAGGCACCACAGUUAGUGGAGCCUCAGGUGACGAUCACCAAUGGUAUCAAGACUCUUACCCAUCCUGGAGCUAACUUCUACCAGUCUGUGAGUGAAUAAGCCAAUAAGAAUGAAACCCAUCCGUACUAUUAUUAUAUUACCAAUCAACAAUUGUAAAGUAAUUUAAACCAACUGUCAACGAUCACCGUGCUGUGCUCUGUGCCACCACCAUCGCCCGCUGUUGUGAUUUUUAAGUACAGUGAUGUGCCACUGAGACUAUGUUACGCUGGAGUGACUACCCAACCACCCCGUACUAUUAUAUAUUAUAUAAUAUUAUAUUAUAAGUACUACUACUACUACUACUAUUAGUACCACCGCCGCCACACUACUACUACUACUACUUCUACUACUACUGCAACUACUACUACUGCUACACAACAAUAACAAUGACAAAAAUUACUAUUACUAUUACUGCUGCUGCUACUACUAUUACUACUACUACGACUCAUACUGCUACUACUACGAUGACUACGAUGACUACGACUACUACUACUGUUGCUGCUGCUGCUGCUGAUGCUGCUGCUCUUGCUGCUGCUGCUGCAUUGUCACAUUGUUCACUACUGCCAAGCAAUGGGAAAGAGAAAGGAAAAACGCGAUAAGCGAUGUUGACAGGAUUGUGAUGGUUCGUAUUAAGUAAAGAGGACUCAUUGGAGCCUGAUAAUUAUAACGUGAUGCGUAGGUACUAAGAGGAAUCAACGUAAAGAAUGAAUUUGUUACAGAAAACUGAAAGGCGCGAGAGACAAAUAGAGUGAAUGGUAGUGUGGAUCUGUGCGUGGGUGUGUGUGUGUAUGUGUACGUGAUAGCGCGCCAAGCGCUGCUAGACCUUCUAUUGUUGGUCUAUAAUGUGUACAGUCAGUGAAACUAUUAUUAUUAAGGAUCAGGCAUAUUUGGUGAGAGGCAGGGAAUGUGAUGAUGAACCGACAAAGUAACGUUCAUCUACCAACAAUCUCUCCAAAGCUGCAAGAGUUUGUUUAAUUAAUUAAGGUCACCUAAUGCAAGUGAAAUUAAAAUAAUUGGAUCGUAAGGAAUAUUGCCUACGAACGAAAAAAAAAAUGUGAAGAUAAACAAUCAAUGAACAAAAACCCACUUGUACAAUGAGACUUUCAAUGGCAGUAUCCGUGAAGAUUAGGGUUUACUAAGUCUAAAUUAUCUCGUAUUUAUUACUGCGAAUGCGAUUUUUUGGAAAAAAAGGCGAGAAAAGAAUGGAAUGGAAUGAUGUUGUUUUUUUUUUUUUGAUUAAAUUAUUUGUUAAGCUAAUUUGAGAGUUAAGGAAACUUACUGGAAAAAAGUAUAAAAUUUAAAAUAACUAAAAAAUUAAGAUACGAGAAAAAGAGAAAGUUUUUCGGAAUUCUAAAAGGAUCGAAAGCUAUGUAUUUUUGCUGCAGUGUUUUUUAUUUUCUUUUUUAAAAAUUAUGAAAGCGUUAUGAUGACUGGAAACUGAAUUGAUAAUGAUAGUUACAGAUUGAAAUAGAUUGCAAAUUGUACGCUAAUGUAUACAAUGCAUGAAACACAUACAGCACACACUUUCGAGUGUUGACUUGUUAUUGUUAGCUUGUUAGUUAUUUAGUAAGAGUUGUAAGUGCGGGCUAUAGUUGGUUCCUUCCCUGGAGCCCAGACAACCCCCUUGUUCUGGAGAUCAUUUGAUAUAAACACACAAUCCGUUCAAUACGCAUGAAUUACAAGCACCCCCUCCCCCGGACAAAAUAGAAAGAUGAGGUAGAUGAUUUAAAAUCGGUAGAAAGAACAAGAGCAAAUAAUUGAAAAAAAUGAAAAAUAAAAAAAAAAUCAAAACGAAAAAAUAUAAAUAACAGUAAUCAAGAUCAACGAACAGAGCGGGUAGGUGAUCCCAUCCCCGUUCGUGAAAGGUACACGUGCCACCACUAAACUAAAAAAUGAGAAUAUAUUACCAGCUAUACCCAUUGGAUUUGUUGAUUGAAUAACAUAAGACUAACUACCGUCGACCGCACGCAAAAUAUAAUCCAGAAAUACCGUUUGACCAUAUCCAUGCUAUCAUGAUAACUAAAAUAUGAAAAUAUAUAAAAUAAUAAUAAUAACUAUAACGAUAAUAAUAAUGAUUAACAUAAGGCUUGCAUCAUGAACUACCGAUAUCACUCAAAAAAGAUGUGACCAGAAAAAUAUAUAAUAAACGAAAAAAAAUACAAAAAAAAAUACAAAAAAAAUUAAAUAAAAAUUAAAAAAUUUGAAAAAAAAAUUUGAAGAAUACAACAAGAGAAAUGUCUGGAUGAAGGUUGAUUGCUCGCAACCUCUCUUAUUUAUGAGCAUCUUGUUAAUUUUUAUUCAUGUUUUACUUAACUCUAAUUGACCCCUACCCUCCCUCCCCCCGUCCUGAACCUUUCCCUCAUUGACACGCUGCUAUUUUGGUAGAGUAUUUAAUGAGGUGCCACAUUUAUCAAUAACAUUAAUAAUGAUAAUAUUAAUAAUAAUAAUUAUAGUAAUAAAUAAUAAUGAUUAAUAAUAAAUAAUAAAUAAUAAUUACUGUGCCUCAGUAGAUGUCUUUAUACGAUUAUAUUGUAACAAGAGAGAAUCCCCUCUUCCAAAAAUCUUACGUAAAACAAGACUACGCUGUAUUCCCCUUCUACCACCCUCUACCCUAUUUAUAAAAGCAUAAUAUUGAUGAUACGAUAUUAUAAAUAUAAAACAAUUUGAGAAUGGUAUCGCUAAUCAUACCAAGUGGGUUUUUACAACACGAUAAAUAAUGAUAUUCCAUAUAAAUUCUGGUCUUUGUCCAAAUUCUAAUCUCUAUAUUAUAUUAUUGAAGAAAAACAAAUUGAUGGAAAAGCGAAUGAUGGAGAUACCGGUUUGGCUCUUUGAGGCAUUGGGGGCAUGACAAACAAGGCUGAGGCAUCUCACAGUGACGAGACUUUAGACUGAUCUAGGUACUAGCGUUACGAUACGAUUGGCCCUACCCUAUUUUUACUGGCAUCCCAAACUUUCACUCCAAUCUUUUAUAUGGCGAACGGUGGCAGCUGGGAUGCCUUGGGAAGCGGUCACACUUAGGAUAAUGCAUCAUUGUAGCUGGUGACGCCACAGUCGUGCACCCUCUAGCCCGGCCUAUGCCAUAAAAUUUACUAGGCGCGUACUACUGGACUUGACUUUUGGUUGACCCAUGUCAGGCCAAUGUGCGACCCUCGGGUCUAAAAAAGAUUUCCUAGUUUUUGGCCCGAGGAUGUGUUUUUUUUAAUUAUAUAUGAAAUAUAUAUUAUAUUCCUGCAAAUAUGCAUUUUGUGACGUGAUGUUAUUUAGCAGUAAUAAGGAGGAAAAAAACGAUCACUGGAAAAACCAUGUUUAAAUGUUACAUUUCGCCAACUGUCAGCUCCAUGGUAAAACAGCAAAAAAAAAAAAAAAAAUUAUUACAGCUAAAUUUCCACACAUUUGCUAAUUGUGUUUUCAAAUUUUUAUUAUUCAGCUACCGAUUGCUUUGCUUUUUUUUUUUUUAAUUUCCCGCAAUUUUAAAAGUUGCCCCUAAUUUUAGUGUGAAGUAGUUAAACAUAAUGAUUAAUGAUGAAUUUAAAACAAUGUUAAAAUGGUUCCUUUUUCGGGCUAGGAGCUUGAUUUAAAGUGUCAAAGAUUUUUGUGUAUGACCAGAUGUAUUCUACAUGUCUCAAUAAACAGUUGUAUGUGAAUUACCUUUCUUAA